AUGCGCCGCGGAUGCUCGAAGAGGUCCGUCCCCGACUCGCCCUCCUACUCCACAACCCCCCACUCACUGUGCUCCACAACCCCCCCGAUGGAAUUAAUACUGACAUCUGCGCGACUUUGAAAGCCUACCUAACGGGAUUCACUGGUUCGGCGGGAUGCGCGGUUGUCACCAAGGAGAAGGCGGUUCUCUCGACCGACGGCCGUUACUUCAACCAAGCUGAGCACCAGCUAGACAGCAAUUGGGAGCUGCUAAAGCAGGGGAUGCCCGAUGUUCCCACGUGGCAGGAAUGGGCUGUUCAACAGGCGGACGGUGGAAAGUCAGUAGGCGUCGAUGCUACGCUCAUCACGGCUCAGCAAGCAAAAAGCCUCGAGAGUCGCAUCAAGAAGAAGGGCGGCGCAGGAUUGGUUGGUCUGAGCAAGAACCUUGUGGACGAGACAUGGGGAGCAGAGAAACCGGCGCGUCCCAACAAUCCCGUGAUCGUGCUUCCAGUACAGUACGCCGGCCAGCCUUUCCAAGAGAAGAUCGAUGCUGUACGGAAGGAACUCGAGAAGAAGAAGAGCCCGGGAUUCGUUGUAAGCAUGCUCGACGAGAUCGCCUGGCUAUACAACCUGAGAGGAAGCGAUAUCCCUUACAACCCGGUGUUCUUUGCCUACGCGUUCGUCACCCCGACAACUGCCACCCUGUACAUUGACUCCAAGAAGCUUCCGCCCGCCGCACUCGAGCACCUCGGUGAUGCCGUCACGGUCCGGCCAUAUGAGGCGGUGUUCACCGAGCUAACGGCCUUCGUUCAAAAGCACAAAGAGGAGACUGCCAGCGCCGAGCCCAAGGAAAGCCCCAAGAAGUGGUUGCUCUCCAACAAGGCAUCAUGGGCGUUAUCUAAAGCCCUAGGCGGUGAUGAUUGCGUAGAAGUCGUCCGAUCCCCCAUCGAAGAAGCCAAAGCAGUCAAGAACGAGACGGAGCGCAGCGGAAUGCGAAAAUGCCACAUCCGUGACGGUGCAGCGCUGAUCAAGUACUUCUCCUGGCUCGAAGAGGAGCUCGGCAAGGGCACCGUCCUCGACGAAGUCCAGGCCGCCGACAAGUUGGAGGAAAUCCGGAAAACGGGUGAGAACUUCAUGGGUCUGUCAUUCGACACCAUCUCCUCCACCGGCGCCAAUGCGGCGGUAAUCCACUACAAGCCUGAACCGGGUGCGUGCUCGGUCGUCGACCCGAAAUCUGUGUACCUCUGUGACUCGGGAGCGCAGUACCUCGACGGCACCACGGACACUACGCGGACCCUCCAUUUCGGCGAACCCACGGAGAUGGAGAAGAAAGCUUACACCUUGGUCUUCAAGGGCAUGGUUGCUUUGGAUCGUGUGAUCUUCCCCAAAGGAACUAGUGGUUUCGCGUUGGAUGUCCUGGCCCGACAGUUCCUAUGGGCUGAAGGCCUGGACUACCGCCACGGCACUGGCCAUGGUGUUGGAUCAUUCUUGAAUGUUCACGAAGGCCCCAUCGGAAUCGGCACUAGACUCCAAUACUCUGAAGUUCCACUCGCCCCCGGCAUGGUCAUCUCCGACGAGCCCGGCUACUACGAGGACGGAAACUUCGGUAUCCGAAUUGAGAACGUGAUAAUGGUCAAAGAUGCCAAGACGAACCACCAAUUCGGUGAUAAGCCCUACUACGGGUUCGAACACGUCACGAUGGUCCCCAUGUGCAAGAAGCUUACGGACGAGAGUCUGCUUACCCCCGCCGAGAAGAAGUGGCUCAACGAGUACCAUGCAGAGGUGUUUGAGAAGACGAAGGGCUUUCUUGAGGAGGGUUCUAUUGCUAUGGAGUGGCUUAAGAGGGAAACUACUCCCAUCUGAUGUUUAGCUGGUUGGAUAGGCCGAGUGAGUGGUAGAUAAGCCGCUGAUUACUUACUCACCGUUUUUGUGUUUUUUGGACGUUCUCUAGAUGGAAAUCGUGAGUAAAUCGUGCUGAGCUGAGGCAUACAUACUACAUCACAUCUACUCGUAAACCUGGGGGCGCUGCACCAUGAGUUCCGACUCGUACAUAUGACCAUACUCGGUCAUUGUGGAUUUCGAACUGGUGGUAAUGCUGGAGAAGAAAUCAAUGUGCCAUGGCCAUGGGCUUUUAUUUUGUAGUAUGCUACAUAUAAUUAGUAGCACUGCUACGAAACUGUCU